AACCCUAAGUCUCAGAGCAUGGCGCUAGGCGCGCGUUGCGCCAUUGGAGCUACGCCAAUCGGCCAAAAUCGUCCCGAGGUUACUUUGCUGGAUUAUGGGGCCGGGAAUGUUAGAAGCGUCCGGAAUGCGAUCCAGCUUAUGGGAUUUCACAUCAAAGACGUGACUGGGCCCAAGGACAUCGAGAAAGCUACGCGUUUGAUCUUUCCAGGAGUCGGAUCCUUCUGGGCUGCAGUGGAUUCUCUCAAAAACAGAGGUCUAAUCGAAGCUCUACGCGAGUAUGUCCAGGAAGAUCGUCCUUUCCUUGGCAUCUGCUUGGGCUUGCAGCUCUUGUUUGAGUAUGGAGAAGAAACUGGCUACGUGGAGGGGCUUGGUAUCAUACCCGGUGGCAUUAAACGCUUCGACGAAUCCUCGGGCCUCAAAGUUCCACACAUCGGGUGGAAUGCUCUUCACUUAAAGCAAGAUGCGUCGAUACUGGAUGGCGUCAAAGGUCGCCAUGUCUACUUUGUGCAUUCGUACCGAGCAGUCGAGACUCCCGAGAACAAAGACUGGGUUCUCGCUACGAGCACGUAUGGAACAGACUUUAUUGCUGCAGUAAGAAAAGGAAAUGUGCAUGGCACUCAGUUCCAUCCCGAGAAGAGUGGAGUAACCGGGCUUAACAUUAUUCGAAGAUUUCUUGGAGGAGGUCAGUCUGAAGCAGCAGAGAGAGUCGCGAAACAAGCAGAAGAAGCAGAGCCAGGAAAGACAGCGGUGCAAUUGGCCAAACGGGUGAUUGCUUGCCUUGACGUUCGAACGAAUGAUAGAGGUGAUCUUGUGGUCACGAAGGGUGAUCAAUACGAUGUGAGAGAACACACUGAAACACGAGAGGUGCGCAAUUUGGGAAAACCCGUAGAUUUGGCCAGCUCUUAUUAUAUGGAUGGGGCCGAUGAAGUAACAUUUUUGAACAUAACCGGCUUCAGAAAUUCUCCUCUGGGGGACUUACCAAUGUUGGAGGUUUUACGAAAAGCGUCUGAGAAGGUUUUUGUUCCUCUAACAGUUGGGGGAGGAAUCAAGGAUUUUACCGACAAGGAUGGAAGAUAUUAUUCCAGUCUAGAGGUUGCAGCGGAAUACUUUAGAUCCGGCGCGGAUAAAAUAUCCAUCGGGAGCGAUGCCGUUUACGCCGCUGAGGAGUACAUAAAAUCUGGGCAAAAGACCGGAAACACAAGCCUGGAGCAAAUUUCAUAUGUUUACGGCAACCAGGCAGUGGUGGUCAGCAUAGAUCCACGCAAGGUUUUUGUUAAAAGUCCGAGCGAAGUACCUUACAAGACUGUCAAAGUGGCUUGUCCAGGGCCUAACGGCGAGCAAUUCGCUUGGUACCAGUGCACGGUUAAUGGUGGCAGGGAAGGCAGGCCGAUCGGAGCUUUCGAGCUAGCAAAAGCGGUGGAGGAACUCGGCGCCGGAGAGAUCCUUCUUAAUUGCAUCGACUGCGACGGCCGAGGUGAAGGAUUCGACUUGGAGCUCGUGAAGUUAAUCUCCGAGGCCGUGAAAAUUCCGGUGAUUGCAAGCAGCGGUGCCGGGACUGUGGAUCACUUCUCAGAUGUUUUCUCCGAGACGCCAGCGUCGGCGGCUUUGGCCGCAGGGAUCUUUCACAGAAAGGAAGUUCCAAUAGCUUUGGUGAAAGAGCAUAUGUCACGGGCAGGAAUCGAAACGCGGUUUUAAAGUGUGUCGCCGCAUUUUUUGCUAGCUAGCCACUAUCUUAAAAGUAGGCUUUGCUUUGUUUACCUACAAGCCCUCGUUUUGAGGACACGCCCAUUUACACUAGACCAUUGCGAGUA